GACGUGUCGCCGGCCAUCUUCCGAUGACUCGAUAAGCAAUGACAAGUGUCACAAGACUUAAACUUUGAGCUUUAAAAUGACUGAAUCUAGGCCCCAACAUCAAUCUCAGUACCGAGGCUGGCUGUAUAAAUGGACCAACUAUUUAAGGGGUUACCAGAAACGGUGGUUUGUGCUCCAAAAUGGUCUACUUUCGUACUACAGAUCGCAGGCAGAAAUGGCUCACACUUGUCGCGGAACAAUCAACCUGGCCAAUGCCUUCAUACACACUGAAGAUUCCAACACCAUCGUCAUCUCCAACGGUGGCACACAGACCUUCUACCUGAAGGCUACCUCGGAGGUGGAGAGACAGAAGUGGGUCACUGCCCUCGAACUGGCUAAAAACGAUGCCCAAUCUGAGCCAGAUAGUGAUGAGGAAGAGGCUCCGGAGCCAGACAAGAAUGAGUUACAGAACAUGCUCAAGACCCUCGCCUCGAAGCUUGAGGACAUGAACACGUGUAACGAUCUCAUCUCCAAGCACGGCAGUGGCCUGCAGAGGGCGCUGACAGAGCUGGAGACUCUAAACAACACAGAGGACGCGGGCAGCAAGCUGAAGGUUGUCAACGAGCGAGCCACCAUGUUUCGAAUCACAUCAAAUGCCAUGAUCAAUGCUUGUUCAGAAUACCUAGAAUCAGCUCAAGGACAGGUGAAGCGCCUACAAAAGAUUGUACACUUUGAGCAGGAACAGAGGAUGAAGCUGGAAGAAAUGGUGGAACAACUGGCUAAGGAUCAAGUUUCGCUGGAAACUCAGGCCAAACGAUCAAUGCACGCAAACGCCUCGGACAAUAAGGAUAAGGUUCCUGGAUCAGAUGAGGAUGACUUUUUUGAUGCGCUAGACUACCAUGCAAAUGAGUUUGAUGUAGCUUUACCAAACAAACAACCCUCGCACAGGAGGACCAUUAGUGAUAUGAGUGUCGACAGCCAGAUUAUACCCGACGACCGCAGCAGUGCGAGCAGUGAUAACGACGAUGAUCGUGACGCACAGGAGGCUAGGGUGUACUCCCACAUCAACACAGACGGCGACACAGUGAGCCAAGGUAGUGGGAAAUCCGGGACAAGGAAGGGCCCUGAACGGCAGUUGACAUCCGACUCCCUAGGGAGUCGAGGGUCACGUCGACCCCUCAUACCACUAAGGCCAAACUACAGCCUAAACUUGUGGAGCAUCAUGAAGAAUUGUAUCGGCAAGGAACUCUCCAAAAUACCCAUGCCUGUUAACUUCAACGAGCCCUUGUCCAUGCUACAAAGACUGACUGAGGAGUUCGAGUACUCCAGCAUUCUCGACAAGGCAGGUGCCUGUGAGGACUCGGCUGAACAACUUGUCCACGUCGCAGCUUUCACAAUCUCAUCCUUCUCCACCACCAUAAACCGUAGCACCAAACCAUUCAACCCACUCCUUGGUGAAACUUACGAGUGCGACCGCAUGGAUGAUCUCGGCUGGCGCACAGUUGCGGAGCAGGUGAUGCAUCAUCCGCCGACGGCCGCCCAGCACACAGAAGGCAAAGAAUGGAUACUCUGGCAAGAGUUCAGCAUGACAAGCAAGUUCAGGGGCAAAUACCUACAGAUCAUCCCAUUGGGAAUUGCACACCUGUUGUUUAAGAAGUCCGGCAACCAUUACACGUGGAGGAAAGUGACCACUACGGUCCACAACAUCAUCGUCGGCAAGCUGUGGGUGGACCACCAUGGCGAAAUGGACAUCACAAACCACAGGAAUAAUGACAAAUGUCAUCUGAAAUAUUCGGCCUAUAGUUAUUUCUCUCGGGAGAAACCCAGGAAGGUGACGGGUGUGGUGACAGACGCGGGAGGAAAGGCCAAGUGGGUUUUAACUGGGACGUGGGACCGUAAGAUGGAGGGCGCCCAGGUCCUACAUGUGGACGAGUCCAACAAGGGCAAGCCCAUGUUUGAGACAGGGGCGCCUUUCGUUAUCUGGGAACGGCGCCUCCUACCAUCUGGUUCGGAGCGAAUGUACCACUUCACACGCCUGGCUAUAGAACUGAACGAGUUUGAGGAAGGUGUAGCGCCCACAGACUGUCGCCGACGUCCAGAUCAGCGACUCAUGGAGGAUGGUAACUGGGAUGAGGCAAAUAAGAGCAAAUUGAGGCUGGAGGAAAAACAACGAGCCACACGUAAACGGCGCGAGGCAGAGGCAGAGGAAGCUUUAAAGAAGGGUGAAGAGCCAGAGGUUCAUAAACCGGUUUGGUUCGAGAAGAAAACGGACGAGGCGACGGGAAGUCUGAUACACACAUUCAACAAUAAUUACUGGGAGUGUAAACAGAAACAGGACUGGAGCGUGUGUCCCGACAUCUACUGACCCCACAUGACCUUUAACCACUGACCUCCCCACGAAGUCAGGUCGUGACCUCCACUGAGGUCAGGAAAUCACAUGACACAUGGCUGUGCUGGACAGACAACUGUUUUGUGAUACAAAGGAAAAACAUCUGUGAAGGCACACAAGCCAUUAAGUGUUUGGCUGCGACUCCUAGUACCAGGGAUCGCCACUAGGUGCUGUUUUUGGUCGUUGUCGAGGACGACCGUGACAGGCCUGGGUUCUGCCACAGUUCAUAGACUUUGUGCAAUGAAUGAACCUCGAACAUUAAUUUAGUCUUUUGUGUUUAAUUCAAUCCACUAGAUUUCAUUUCCAUCUGGCACAAGUCCCAACUCGACACCAUAUUUGGUCACCAUGUACCAAAUUUGGUAUUCUGGACCAUUUUUGGUGUCACUGUGAUAUAUAAGACAUGGAUUUGUUGUCAUGGUACAAGGCAAGUUCAGAAGGUCAUUAAGUGAAAGUCUUGACUGCGGACUAGUGUAAAAUAGGAUUUUCGUUUAUUUGACCUGAAAACUGGUUUGACGACCAUUUCAUUCUGUCUGGAUUGCAUACUAAACAUUCUUAGGUAGAGAAAAACAUAAGAAAUGGUGAUUUUGUUUCAUUUUGUUUUUAAUUUGCAAUAUUUGGCAUUGUUUAAAGGAAAAAAAAGUUGUGAGAGUGAAGUUUCAUUGUAGCUUCACUUACAUCAUGUGAUAUUUGUAAACUUUGACCUUGAACCUGUGAUUAGUUUGACCUUUGACCUGAUGUUAGAUUCUGAUGUUGUUUGUGACCUAAAUUGGGUAGGUCGUGGGAGAUAGUGAAUUGAUUCCUCUGUGAUAAGAGGUUCAUUAAUAUAUAUAUAAAGACAUUGUCCAUCACUGGAAUCCACCAUGUUAGAACCCCAAUCAUGUUGCAUGGCCCAAUGUUUCGGGGUCGGACACUUGUAGCCAAAUCAUGACAGACUCUGACAUUAGUCGCCAGAUUAUGAUGGAUUUGCACCUUCGUAGCUCGAUCAUGGCUGAUCAGGAAGCUGUCUAAAGCUUCACCACCUGUUUGUCACCUGAUUAUGUGCCACUUAACACAUUGCCAGUUCUUGUCAUUCAACAAUCGUAGCCUGUUGUACAUUUUUUGACUUUCCAGGUCCCCCAUGUCUUUGAUUUUUACCUUGGCUCUCUGGUUUUAACUGCUUAUUGCCAUGCAUUAUACAUUUAAAACUCCACUUUUAAGGUUUCAAUUUCUCAUAUUCAUUUUCUGGUCAAGGUUAUUUUUCUCUUAACUUAUUCACAUAAACCUCCAUAUGAUUAUUUUCAAAUAUUGUACAAAAUCAUGAAAGUUCAGCUCCACUUUUUUUAGAAACUUUCAUGAAAUUGGAUUAAUUUGAAUUGAAAUUUGUACAUAUAGAUUUUUCUUCAGCAUCAAAUCAAGUACUUGUCAUAAAUUAGACAUGUGGGAAAGAUUCUGAAGAUUGUAUGUAGAUGUGACCGACACUGUAUUUGCAUGCUUCAUUUAUUAUUUAGAAAAUACAUAUAGUCCAAUCCAACAAAGCUGAAAUCCCAUUUCUAAUGAAAACUACCAAAUAUGCUGCGUGUAUUGUCAAAUCUGACAGAUAUUUUAUGUCCCACACGUUAACACUGUGGGAAUAUACAUGUUUCCUUGUAUACAGUGGUCGCACAGACACUUUCAAACUCAUUCACCCCUGAAAUUUCAUAAUGAACCAUUCCAACCUUUAAAUUGGAAGAGUUCAAAUGUGUGAAGAGGGGUGAAUGAGACCCUUAUUACCAGAAAUUACUUUAAAAGGUAAAUUGUAUGACCACCUACAGGUAUAUCAGUAAUGGUAAGAUUUUAAUAUAUAUCUAAUACGUAUCUAUUUUAAUAUAAGACAUACUAUCUUAGGAAAGAAGUUGCUCUGUCCCAAAUCAUUUUGAUAAUCUUUGGGGGUGAUAAUCUUUGGGGGGGGGGGGUUUGAAGGGGGGCACUUGUUUUCAAAAAUCAGCACUUUCUGUGCCAGAGCAGACAUAAAAGAGGAGAUACUUUUGAACUGAAUUUAAGGUUGUUAAAAAAACUCUUGGUUCCCAGACAUUCAUUUAAGAUAUAAGAACAUUCUACAUUUUAAGGAUCUUUUUUAGAAAUUAUUUCGUUUUGAACAAUAGUUUAUUCGCCAAAAAAAGGAUAUCAGGUGCAAAAUACAUGCAUUAAACUGUUAAAACUUGUAGGUUAAUUGAGAAAUAACCUUAUUUGUAAAAUAUUUUUAGAAUGGGGUGGGCUAAAUAUCAACCGUGGGCUUACCACCGGUAACAUAUGGUACCGUUAACUAUCCCGUGUUUAUGUAAUAGUUGAAUGUGGAUGUAUGAAAUGUACAUGUAAUAAAUAUGUUGCAUUGUGCCAGUGCAAAUUUUUCUAGAGCAAUUGAGAUAAGUGAUAGAUGUCUACAUUAUAGAAAGUUAUGCUGAAUGUUUGUGUUGAGAAUAUUAAUUUAACCACUUCAGUCAAGCUAGCUGUCAGUGUGUGUCAUAUCUAGAUUAAGUUUUUUAAGACUUUUUGUAAACUAAUCUAUAAAGUAACAUAAUAUUUUACAACCUGAUCUGUUUAGGUGUAGCUAAUCCUGGAGUGUAUCAAGAUGCCUUGCAAUACACAAGGAAUGUAUUGCGAUACGUAUCCCGAUAUAUUGUCAAAAGAAAGGGGCAGCUAGUUUGAAAAGUGUCAUUUGAAUUUUUUCCUCCCGCCUCGAAUAACAUAAGAUAACCACUAGAAGCAAACACUUUGAUGACGUUAGGCUGUUUCAGGAAUCUUGUUUGCACCGACUUCACAUGAACACUUCAAUAUCCGAAAUAUAAGGGAAUAUCUGUAUUCAGGUCAAUAAUAAGUGAAAAGUUAGAAUAUAGGGCCAAAUUGUUUUAAAUUCAGUGUCUUCAAGAAUUUCUUUUCACAAUUCAAUAAUUCAGAUACUGCAGGUAAAUAGUAAAUAUCUAUGUGUUGUUUUGAAACCUUGAUUGGGGUAAACUCUAACUUUAAAAACUUUGUUAUCUUGUAAAAGUUAUUACUCAAAAGAAGGUAACAGGAAUUGGACAAGCUGGUUGGUGUAAUAAUGUAAAUUAUUGGUUUAAUUGCCAACCACUGACCAUAACUAGCAUUAUAAUGUUAUUUUUUUUGUAUAUUUUGAGGAAAUCCAUCAAUAUUUGUAUAGUUUUCUUAAAUAUUUUUUUCCCUAUAUAAACUAUAUUGAAGCUGUACUGCAGAUUAUAAUUAAUAGGCUAUUAGACCACAUGCAUUAAUUCAUCGACCCCUGAGGACACAUUUGAACCCUUCCAAUUCAAAGGUUGGAAUAGUCCAUUAUGAAAUUUCAGGGGUGAAUGCGUUAACAUCGUCUAGAUUUGUCAAGGGAAGUAACUCUUGCACACGUUUUAAUAUACCAGUAUAUAGCCAUGCGAUACUUUGGUAUAUACUGUUUAAGUACAGCUUGGGAAGUGUGUAUCUAUAAAGUAUUGAAGGUGUGUCCAAUCUUUGUGUUUGCUUCAAUAGUGUUGAUAUCUUGUGAAUUACAAUACCUGGAGAUUUCUGCACUGUUUGUAGUGUAUGAAAGUACAUGUGAAGGGAGUGACACUGAAAAUGAUGAAAGCACAAGUGACUGUAAAAUAGAUAUUGCAGCUGUAUCACUAGCGUCAAAAUAUCUAGAUUGUAAAUCUUUUAAAUAGUUCACAUGCGAAAAGUUCUACUGUCACGGUAAGGUCCUACAUAUAUGUGUAUAAUAGUAGUUGUUGGAAUGGCAGUAUCUAUAGGCCUGCUACCACCAUAUAUACUGUAGCACAUGUACCGGGCAUGUAGCGCUUUCUAUAUAAACCCAACACUGUGUUAACUAAACAAAUUCUACCUUUUGUGAUUUUCAUUAUUCAUUUUGUUGCAUUUUCACUUACAACAUUUUCAGAUUUUUAAAUUUCUUUUUGUUGUUAAACAAGAAAAAGACACUCCUUUUAUUCUCAAAUUCUUGCUGCAUAUUCCAACAAUUUAUACACUUUUCUCCAUUUUCAUCAAAUUAAAGUAGAUGAAGGCGUACCUUUACAUUAAUUUGUAAAUAACACUUAAUCAAAUAUUUGAUAUUGAAAGAUGAAGCUUGUGAGAAGGGAAAUUGUUUAACUAAAAAUACAUAAUAGAUAGGCAAAUAAUAUCGUUUUUAAAUCCUUCAACUUAUCGUCCAAAGAGUAAAUAAUAUUGCUGACAGACCAUUCAUGAUGAUUUAUAAGCAUCAUCGUAUCAUUUGUUUUAGAGAUUUAAAACCAUAAUUUCAAAAUUAAGAAAAAUAUAUAAUAUUACCUGUAGCAGUGAAUUAUAUUUCAAAAUAGUUCAUGUUUAUUGAGCUGCUGAAGAAACACUGACAUAAAACUGGAAUGAUAUGUAAUGUAAUAGUUUAAGGUAUAUGCUACCUAACUGACAUUGUACCUCCUUUCAAGAAGAGUUCUACAUUUAGUUUCAAAAGGGAGGUAACUUAACACAAAAUCUUAGUGUAUGGUAACAUAUAUCUUGGUUAUCAAUGUAUGAAUGUAAUUUUUGUGUCUGUGUUCCAUACAUUAUAUUGCUUGGUACAAUAUAUAAAACACCAUUCAGAGUGUUGUCAUCAGCAGUCAACUGGCUAAGAUAUAAAUUAUUAUAAAUAUUUGAAGAGAAAUAUGCCAUUGUAGUGUUGUUGACUUAUUAUAAUAUUGUUGAUUUAGUUACCAUAACAACAUUUUUAUGCUUGAUAUGAAUAUGCAUCUGUGCCAAGGUCAUGACCUAAUAUUAUUAUGAUUUAUUAACAGAAUCAAAUCAAUUUAAAUUUAUUUAUUAUUUACAUAUUAUUCACAUUAUUGGUUUGUCUCCUUGUUAAUUAAAUAUAACAUCUGUUCCAGUAAAUAGGAUUAUGUUCAAUGUAUUGAAAUAUUCUUUGGAUAUGUUAGAGAGGAAAAUAUUCAGCAACCAAGUAACCAAGUUAGUGAACAUGAAAUGAACAUACAAACAGUCCGAGUGGAAAAACAUACGUUAAUGUUUUGUAAUUAUAUAUAUAAAUUGCAGUGUUUAUGGAAUUUCAAAUCGAUCUUAUUUCAAAACUUUUUUAAUUAACUUUAUUUAAUUUCUAAUAUUUAUGAAGCAAGUUUAACAGCUUACAUUAAUCACUCUUAUUUGAAUAAGGUGGUUCAAUACUGAGUGAGAUACUCCGAGAUUCGAUUGAGAACAUAUUUUGCUAAAGAUCCCUAGACAUUGCUAUCACUCUGCUGUGGGUGAUUAUACCAUACAUUGAUUUGAUUCAACUGGAUAUUUCCUGCAGGUGCAAGAUUUGAGAAUAUUAUGGGUUUUAUUAAGAAACAGCAUUAUUUUAUGUUAUCCCCGAAACUUGCACGUUAUAUUUGUCUCGGAUCAUCAGUCUUUUCUGUAUAACACCUAUUGGUACGAAAAUACAACAUGGGUACAUACUAUAUAUGUAGCCAUUGUCAAUAUUUUUGCUUACGUUUUGUUUGGCUCAAUUUUGGGAGGUAAAUAUAUCCAAAAAAAAUGUGUUAACAAGAUAUGAGAUUCAUAACUAAUAUUUGUCAUCUAAUUGGUUGAUUUUUGGGGUCAUGACCUUGAAGGAUGAUUGUAUUCAUGGUGCUUUGUGUAUGUGUGAGAACGUGUGAGGUUGUACAUGUGUCAACUGAUGUGUGUAUUUUGUGUACACCCAAAACUGGCAAUAAAACACAGCUGAGGUGUCCUCGGUCGAACUUGGAUUAUGAAAA